UUCUUGUAUUUUUCGAUUGUGAAUUGUCACUGUGACCUGUCUUUGAAGUUCAUACCAUCUGUGAAGGAAAAUAAUUCUUUGUUUCUACAUCUUCAUACUACAUACUUAAGUUAACAAAUUAUGGCAAGCACGUCCACAUCGUCUAAACCCAUCAGUGUUCAAGAGUAUUCCAUAAGGGUUCCCAAACAUAUUCAAAAGAGAUAUCAUGUUAUGAGAUUCAAUGGUACUUUGGACAUUGACUUCUCAAAAUGGACCAAAGUAAGUAUGGAACGAGAAAACAAUAUGAGGGAAUUCAAAGGAGCAGAGGAGGAGCAGCCCAAGUUUGGGGCAGGAUCAGAAUUUGGCAGAGAAGCGAAAGAAGAAGCGAGACGUAAAAAACUAGGAAUUGUUGCUAGAAAAUACAAAGCUGAUGACCAACCCUGGAUUCUCAAAUCCUACGGAAGUACCAUUAAAAAAUUCAAGGGCAUCAGAGAAGGGGGAGUUUCUAAUAAUACUGCUUAUUAUGUUUUCACACAUGCUGAAGAUGGAGCCAUUGAGGCGUUUCCUUUGCAUGAGUGGUAUAAAUUUCAACCAAUUCAAAGAUAUAAAGCUUUAUCAGCAGAAGAAGCAGAGAUGGAGUUCAAUAAACGUAAUAAACAUUUGAACUUUUUUUCAUUGAUGUUGAGGAAGAGAUUGAAAGGGGAAGAAGAAGCAGAUUUAGAUGAAGGCGAAGAAAAAAGCAAAAAGACUUCAUCUAAAAAAGAAAAAGAAUUGAAAAUUUCAGACAUGGAUGAGUGGAUGGAAAGUUCAAAUGAUGAAUCCUCUGAAGAGGAGGAAAAAGAAGAAACUGAUGACGCUGAUAAGAAAAAGAAAACAAAAAAAGCAGAUCCCAAAAAGACUAAGAAGCGUGAUACUGAAGGAGAAGCUUUCGAAGAUUCAGAUGAUGGAGACGAUGAAGGAAGGGAACUAGACUACAUCAGUGAUAGCAGUGAUAGUGAACCCGAAAAUACAAACCUUGAGGGAGUUUCCGAAGAAAAGGCACUUAGGAAAUUAUUGAAUUCUGAUGAAGAGUCUGAGGAUGAUUCUGACAAAUCAGACAAGGAACAAAGUAAUGAAGAUGAACAAAAGGAUAAAGAUGAAGAUAAAAAUGAGGAAACAGAUGACAAGAAUAAAACUAAAAAGAAAAAAGGAAAGAAGAACAAGAAGGAUAUCAAGAAAGAAAUUAAAAAAGAAGGAAAAAAUGACGAUGAUGAUAAUGUUUUCAGUUCCGAUAGCAGUACUGAUGAGGAAUCUAAGAAAAGUAAACCAGAGAAGAAAGAAAAAAAGGAAAGUAAAGAAAAAGUUGAAGUUGAACCGUGCAGUGCCAAUAGUUCAAGAUCUGCCACUCCUACAGACAGCAAAAGAAAAUUAAUUAAUGAUGUUUUGGCUGGACCAAGUCCAAAGAAGGCAAAGUUAGACCUGCCAAUUUUUACUUCUAGUUCUAAUGAAUCUGGAAUAACGGAGGAUGCUGUUAGAAAAUACCUAAUGAGGAAACCUAUGACAACUACGGAACUGCUUCAGAAAUUCAAGUCUAAAAAAACAGGACUCUCAGGUGAACAGCUAGUUAAUAUAAUGACACAAAUAUUGAAGAGAAUCAACCCUGUGAAACAAACACUUAAAGGAAAGAUGUAUUUGUCUAUAAAGUCAUAGUUAAUUAUUUUACAAUUCAUAUUGUCUUUGUAUAAUAACAAAAGGUGAACAUAUUAUUUAUUUUAGAUUUUGAGUAAUGAUUUCUUCAUAAAUGAAUUGCAAAUAGAUACCACUAGGAAAACCAAUGGAGAACAGUAACAAAGAAUACUUAAUUAACUAACUACUGAAUAUAGACAGAACAUUAUAUGUAAUCAUAUGUUCAAGACAAAAAAAAUGUCUUGGAAAACAAUUCAUUAAUUUUCACUAAAGAAGUAUCUUCCAAAUAUUUAUUCAUCGCUAUCUCAACUGAAAAUUGUUUUAAUCAUUUGUGGACCACAGUGUAGAGUGAGCCAAUAAUGGUUCAAAUAUUGAAAUUUCUCGAAUAUCUACCUCAAUCCAAUGUGUAAAUUUCGAAAAAAUAUCAAUUACAUUGACAUCCUUUAACAGGGUUUUUUUAUCUUUGAUAGUCGAUACUUACUCUUCGGAGUAACUAUCAACUCAAUGACUUUUGAUUCUAUUCAAUAACUGUAUAUGAAGUGUAUAAUAUAUAGAAUAUAUUUUGAUGAUUGAGUAAAAAGAAAUUUGUACUUGCACUCAGAGUUACAUGUCGCCAAGAUAUAUCUAUAUUAAAUCUGCCACAUUUUA